GCGGCCGUGACAGGAGCCGUGCAGGGCGGCGGGUCCAGGGCCCCUCAGCGCAGCGGGGGCGCCGCCAUGCCGCUGGGCCGGUGAGGGGGGCAGCGGGCGGCGAUGUUCGUGCAGGAGGAGAAGAUCUUCGCCGGCAAAGUGCUGCGGCUCCACGUCUGCAGCGCGGAGGGCGCGGAGUGGCUGGAAGAGGUCUCGGAGGACACCACGGUGGAGAAGCUCAAGGAGCGCUGCCUCAAGCACUGUGUACCUGGUAGCUUGGAGGAUCCAAAAAGCAUAACGCAUCAUAAACUGAUACAUGCUACUUCAGAGAAGGUGCUGACUGAUAGAAAAACAGUCUUGGAGGAAAACAUUCAAGAUAAAGAUGUUUUGCUAUUAAUAAAGAAGCGUGCGCCCCCUCCACUUCCCAAAAUGGCAGAUGUAUCAGCAGAGGAGAAAAAGAAACAGGAACAGAAAGCUCCCGAUAAGGAUGCUAUUCUCAAAGCAACAGCAAAUCUGCCUUCUCGCAGCGUGGAUCGCACAGUGGCCCACCACAACAUGAGGGAUUUCCAGACAGAGCUCCGGAAGAUCUUGGUUUCACUGAUAGAAGUUGCACAAAAAUUGCUAGCACUAAACCCAGAUGCAGUUGAGCUAUUUAAGAAGGCAAAUGCUAUGUUGGAUGAGGAUGAGGAAGACCGAGUGGAUGAAAUAGCCCUGCGACAGCUCACAGAAAUGGGGUUUCCCGAGACUCGAGCUGUCAAAGCCCUUCGUCUAAAUCAUAUGUCAGUAACACAGGCCAUGGAGUGGCUGAUUGAACACGCAGAGGACCCCAUGGUUGAUGCGCCACUUCCUGGUCAGACCUCCCCAGAAGCUGCAGCUGAAGCAGGCGCUUCCUCUGCCGAAGCAAGUGCUGGGCCUGGUUCAGAAACUGGUGGUGAAGAGGCCAAGGAUGAGCUGACAGAAAUAUUCAAGAAGAUCCGCAGGAAAAGAGAAUUUCGUCCUGACCCACGAGCCGUCAUUGCCCUGAUGGAGAUGGGAUUUGAUGAAAAAGAGGUGAUAGACGCACUCAGAGUAAACAACAACCAGCAAAAUGCAGCUUGUGAAUGGCUGCUGGGAGACAGAAAGCCCUCUCCAGAGGAUUUAGAUAAAGGAAUUGACACCAACAGCCCUCUCUUCCAAGCCAUCCUAGAAAACCCAGUGGUACAGUUAGGACUAACAAACCCUAAAACGCUAUUAGCCUUUGAAGACAUGCUUGAAAACCCCUUAAACAGCACUCAGUGGAUGAAUGAUCCAGAAACUGGGCCUGUCAUGCUACAGAUCUCUCGAAUCUUCCAGACGCUGAACCGCACGUAGAGGGGGAAUGCUGAUCUACUGUGCCACUUCUACUGUCCCUCACUUUGUGUGUCCUGGACAAGAGGGAACAUAAAUUGUUUGGGGGGUGAGGGGGUGGAGAGUGGGGGGAGAAGGAAGCGGGGUAGCUUAUCUGGAUAGACAUCUCUCCAGUGAGCACAUGUGUAGUUAUGGCCAAGCUUAAGUUAAUUGCCUUGUGGGCUUAGUGUUAGCAGAAAAGGUUUGAAGACUUGUUUGAGAAUUUUUUGUUUUUUCUUUUUGGGGGCUUUUUU